AUGAAGAUAUCUUUCCCUUCCUGCUGGGCCGAGCCAGACCGGGAGACGAGCGAGACGACGGUCGCCGGCGCUGGUAGAGACGAGAAGCGAGAAGCGACGGCGGCGAGCGCAAAGAGCCGACAAGAGACGCAGAAGCGACGCGCGCGCGCAAAGACAGAAAAUACAGAGAGGAGAGGCAGAGCGGACGGCGCAGGCGAGGGGAGCAAAAAGGGGGUCGCAGAAGCUCGCUGGUCAGUCAGACAGACAGACAGGCUGACGGGACGAGAAUACAAAGCGACAAGAAAGAUAAAAGAUAAGGAGAGGGAGAGGUGCUGGGCUGGUGGUAUAGUAGUUAUUGGGCGGUUGGAGCGUGGUGCCAGGAGUCUCGACGUCGACGGACAGAGAGAAAGAAGACAGGUUGAUGCUAUCGAGGACGAGGGCCGAGAAGGGGGCUUCGAGGGGGACGAAGGAGACGAACAGGGUCUUUCGUCUGCUACGACGCGGGAGGAUCAAGGGGAUGGCCAGAAGAAGGUGGACGGCAGAGAGGCGGCCAGAAAGGAGGACCAGAAGGGACCGGGAAGAAACAGCGAGACGAGACCAAAGAGAGAGAAAAAAAAAAAAAAAGAGUCAGGGCCAGAAGAAGACGAAAGAGACAAGAAGACAGCCAGAGAGAGAGAGAGGAAGAAGCACAUCAACGCUGCCUCAUGGUCUGGAGCGAGCUGA